UAAGCCUCGCUUCUAGUGAACUUCAAAUGUCACAGAUGUUGCGGUAUUUGUGCUUAGUUGAUAACUAGUCAGCCUCGAUAACACGGAAGUAUCGCAGUAGGCUAUCGGUCCCGGUGAAAUCAAGGUAACCAGGAAGGGGAGCCUUUUGCUAAAUCAGUUCUACCGUGCUUCGUUGCAAAAGUAAUCUUUCUGCGCGCAGAUAGACCAUUAUACCAACUGAGGCGAAAGGAGAAAUUUGAUUAUGAGGAUUGCCGUGCUCGGAGCCACCGGACAGACGGGGCAGCAACUAGUUAACCAAGCUCUUCAGCAAGGGCACACUGUCACAGCCGUCGUGCGGAACCCAGGAAAACUGACUGUAACACACGAAAAACUUAAGGUUGUUGAGGGAGACAUUUUUUCAACUGACAGCUUGACAUCUCACUUCAAGGACCAGGAUGCUGUGAUGUCCUGUCUUGGGUUUUCACCAUCUUUUUAUGGAGUCACCGGAUACACUUUGUCCAUGAGGGCUGCGCUCAAUGCAAUGCGAGAGGCUAGAGUGAAUCGAAUCAUCACCAUGACAUCCUGGUACACUGAUCCUGAUUCGGGUUCAAAGGCUUCAUUUGCCAUCCGCUAUCUCCUCCUUCCAAUGAUUCGCAGUGUUCUCACCAACAUGUACGAGAUGGAGAACUAUCUGAAGAAGUCUGAGGACAUCAACUGGACUGUUGCACGUCCUCCUGGUCUUCGAAAUGCACCAGCGACCGAUAAAGAGAUCCUCACUCACGAGGGUUACUAUGUCCCUGAUGCCAGUGGUUUGCCUAUGAGAGAGUCCAUAACAAGAGGUGAUGUAGCUCGCUUCAUGCUAUCCCUGCUCGACAGUAAUGCCUGGAUGAAAAAAGCAGUUGCCAUCAUAACCAAAUGAAACAUUUCACCUAUAUCAGCUUCUGCAUCUGAUUUACUGACAGGAAUCUUCCAAGAAUGUGAUUGGUGUUUUCUUUUUUAUGGAAAUAACAUAAAAUGAAUGUAUUUAAUGCCACAGAGAAUCUUUCAUCUGUUGCCUUAUUGCACUACUUUGAUGAAUAUUGCUUAUGUUUACAUGUACAUUUUUGUACUUGCAAUAAUUAAUUCGGUAUAAGAUGAUAAAUGCAGCAUUAUUGUAUGAACUCUUAAACGUGUUCUUUCUGAAUAAACCU